AUGUCAGCUGCCAGAAGUCCUGCAGUUGACACUCACUUCAUGGAGUUUGCAGGACAGCUAAGAGCUUCGGAGGCCUGUAACUAUCUAUCAGUCCCAGGCCUCAGCCCUUUGGACCCCGAUGAAGAUGAAGGAGAUUUAAUAGUCGGCUUCAGACCCAGAUCCUCUCCCAUCCCAUCCAGAAGGUGCUCAACCUCGGACGAAGACUCAGAUCCUGAGCCUCCUUUCUGCGGCUCCCGGAGGGUGUCGUUUGCUGACGCCAAGGGCCUCAGUCUGGUGCAAGUAAAGGAGUUUAAUACGUCGGACGUACCAAAACUGCCAGGAUAUGACUUUGUAGAUGGCGAGGGUAAAGAUUCAGUGGAAUACCACCUCUCACCCUUAACGUUCUCUCUUCCACUUUCACCCAAAGAGGUUUUUGCCAAAGUGUUGAAUCAGAAAGUAGAACUGGAAACAGUGGAGUUACUUCCAGGGACCACGAUUCUUAAAGGUGUGAUCCGUGUCCUCAACAUCUCCUACGAUAAGUCUGUCUACAUCAGAACCUCUUUGGACAGGUGGGCCACCCACUUUGACCUUUUGGCAGAGUAUGUCUCCGGCUCUAGUGAUGGCGUGACAGACAGCUUCUCGUUUAAGCUCACCUUGGUGCCGCCGUUUGGGGAUCAGGGAGUCAGGGUCGACUUUUGUCUGCGGUACGAAACUCCUGUGGGGACAUUCUGGUCUAACAAUAACAACGCCAACUAUGUGCUCUCCUGUCAGCGCAGAAUGAAAGAGGGGAUAGAGAAACUGCAGAGGGAAAACGCAAACAAGAAAAGCUGCCUGAAGGCUGUCAGUCAGAGUGCCUCCACUGUGGAAAACAUUUCAUCAAAGAAAGCUUCAUCACAGGAAAAAAUGUCAACAGAUGAGUCUGUCGGGGCUCCAGAGGUGGGCACUUUGAAUAUCCCUGAAGGUCAGUCAGCAACAUCUAACGCAGAGGAACAGACGCUGUUGAUGGAAAACAAGCAGAACAGCAGCCGGAGGAGGAAAAGACAAGCUGCACGGAUGGCCAGGCUGAGGAGCUACUACGCCGCUCAGAGAGAAGGGGGGGAAGAUGAUGCUGGGAAAGACAAUAAACCCAAAGAAACCCCAAAACAGGAAACUCUAGAAGAAAUCCCAGGAGACAAUUUUGUCUCACUUCAGCCUUUAAAUGAAGGGAAAAAUAAGCCAGAAAAUGAUCAGUUUGUUUAUGAAGACCUUGGAGUGAGUAGCAUACCUCAGUAUAAUGACGACGCAUCCAACCAGCAGGUUAAAUCUGACUCUGCUGUUAUAGCACGAGCUGAGAGCGCGUCAGGCAUCUCAACCAAGUCCCUGCCUUCAGCCGGAGAGUCUGCUGCAGCAGAACCACAACAUUUCAUAGAGUGUUUCACCACCAAUCAGGAUGGAGACGGGAGUUUGGGAAGAACUAACGGCUCAGGAACAGCAAGCAGUGAAAUCCUCAUUAGCAAAACCGACCGCGUCACAUUCGGCAUGGUGGUCGCUCCGCUCUACUCUCAAGCAUUUGAGAAGGUGUCAGCUGCAAAAACUGUAAGCAGUGGAAACUUCACUCUUCCCUCUGAAACCAGAGAAAUCUGUGGGGUUCUUCCAGUUAACACUGGGAGUAGCAUGGGUGAAGUACAGGGAAAUGUGACUGAUAGUCAGGGAUCAAAUGAUUUGGUUAUUAAACUGAUUAGCCCAACCUUUGAGGAUCAAGAGGCAGUUAAUAAGAUCCUAAAACACACAGAAAAUGUUGAGAAUCCAACCGAGAUGGAGAAGCAGCCUGACCAGAACGCUAUUUACUCAUCUCUGAAUCUGCAAUCUGGUUUUGAAGACAAAGUUCCUCCUUGGAGUCUUUAUUCUCAGACAGAAGCAGAUGAGGAGAUUCUGGCUAAUAAAGCAACUAAACCAGGAAAAUAUAAAUCACCAGAGCAAAGUCCUCCUGUGGUUUCAGUGAACGAGGAUGAAACACCUGCAGAGGAUGAACCUAAAGUGGGUCUGAAACCUCAGAUUAUAUUAGAACACAAUGACGAAGGAGGGGUUCAACUGAAAAACUAUGAGAGCACAGAGGUCAAAAACAAAAGUUAUAAAACUUGCAAGUCUUCCAUAGAAGACAAUCUUUUACAGAAUCUCGAUGAAUUGAAUUGCAACCAAACUGACGGUAGAGGUUUCAUGGAGAGUGUUGAGGAUCUUUGCGAACCAGAGAAAAUGCUUCUUAAAUCACAAAAUACAUGUUUAGAAAUUCAAGAGAAAAAGAAUAUGGAGAACAAAAACAUUUCAGGCUCAGAAAACGAUGAAAGCAACUCUGAUGAUAUGCAUGUGAUGUACGAAGCUGCUCAAAGCAUCUUAAAUGAGGUUAGAAGUAGCAAUCACUACCAUGCUGGGACAUCUGGGAGACUCCAUGAUCAAGAUGUCCAGGAAAAGAAAUGUGAAAUGGAACCUUCUUUCUCAAACCAAGAUGAGAAUUUCCUUAUAGAUGAGGGGAAAAACUGGGAAACGAUGGUUGAAGAGGAAGUCAGCGUUUUAUCAAAUGAAGAGGAAGGUGAGCAGAUAGAUUCAAAGACAGAAGCCAGUAGAAGCGACGGGAAGGAGAUCAAGGAGGGGAGUGCUGUGGCGUUAGAGAGGAAGGUGAAGCAGGGUUAUGUCAUCAUGGCAGACAGAGUAGAAAGUACUGAAGAAGAUAAAAUGGAUGGGCAAGAAGCAGCAGAGCUGCAGGAUGAAGCAGAGUUUGAUUCAGUCGGAACAGAAAAGGUAAAUGUUGAAGAUAAAGAAGAAAAGAUGGAAAUAGAGAUGAAGGAAGACAUUCUGACACAGUGGAACAAGGAAAAUGGAGGACAGAAGAUUUCAGAUUUUAAACAGAUCAUUGUUGUAACUGCAGAUUCAGAAAUAGCAAAGCAAGACAGAGAGGAUAAAGUCUGGGCUUUUAAACUCAAGUCAGACUUUACUGGAAAUAAGGAUGAAGAUGGGGCUUCUGCUCUGGUGAGCAGAGCUGCGAAUAAGGACAUAAGUGAAGGGAAAUACGGUUGUGUCCAGAUGGACACCAGUCCGUCCCAUGAGGCAGGGCUCCAGGAUCUCACAGACCAAUCAAACGGCAUGUUUCACUCUUCCCACAGAGGAACAUGCGAUCCAGUGGAGGAAGCUGACAGCGCUUCAGCAGAGUCAGAUUCAGACGAAGAGCUGCAGUUGUACGUACAUUGCCUGAGGGCUGCUGGUGCAUCGCCGCAGGCCCACAAAGCCAAAGUCAGAGGUGCAGGUUUCACUGCACACAAAAAAACAUCAGUCGGCAAAGUGAAAGUACCACCAACUCUCAUGCCAUCAAUCAGCGAAGCUCUGGAUGAAGAACAACAACAAAGGUUCCUCCCAGAGACUCACAAAGACAUAAAAAUAGCUGCUGAGGCAACUUCCAAUCCACAGGAGAGAAUGAACCAAAACCAAUGGAGGUGGAAAGAAGUGUUUUCCUGCAGUAAUGUCUCCAAAUCAUUGCUCUGUGCCUCCUUAAUGGUGGUGUUUGGUGUGGUGGCAUACCAUUAUGAUUUCCUUGCCUGUUUCCUGCUUUACCUGAUAUCAGUCAUUUGGCUGUGUUGUCAAGGGGAGAAGCCACCAAUUAAGAAUAAGCAAAAAGACUGAAAUGCACUGGGAAAAAAAAAAA